ACACUAGUGCGCGGCUUGGCUGUUUUUUGCACUGGCAGGGUUGCGUCAGUGUGUCAUCGCAGGAGUGUGGUGAUUGUCGUGUGGUUGUACAUACAGCAUUGUGCAAUUGUUAUAGUUUUGUGUUUAUGACUCUGUGGUUCUACAGUCGCAAUGGGCGGUCAGAAGAGAUAUAAGAAGGAUGAUCCAAAGAAAUGGAAAAAGAAGAAAAAAGAUGAUGAUGAUUAUUCAUAUGCUGAUGACGAUGGAGAACAAGGAGAAGGAGAGGGUAUUCCAGAUGCUGCUAAGAAAAAUGUGGAGGCAGAAGAUCAGUCUGCCCUGGAAGAUGAAUUUGGAGCUAAAGAUUACAGAUCACAGAUGGCACUUAAAUCUGACCAUCAAUCUAGGCCUCUUUGGGUAGCUCCAAAUGGCCAUAUUUUUCUAGAAUCAUUUUCCCCAGUAUAUAAACAUGCCCACGACUUCUUGAUCGCAAUAUCUGAACCUGUAUGCCGACCGGAACACAUUCAUGAGUACAAACUCACAGCUUACUCGCUUUAUGCUGCUGUGAGUGUUGGACUUCAGACGCAUGACAUAGUAGAGUACCUAAAACGUCUUAGCAAAUGCAGUGUUCCUGAUGGCAUUGUGGAAUUCAUCAAGCUUUGUACAUUGUCGUAUGGAAAGGUGAAACUGGUUUUAAAACACAAUCGUUAUUUUGUUGAGUCACCAUUUCCUGAAGUGCUUCAGAAGCUGCUGAAAGAUCCAGUAAUUCAAGAAUGCCGGUUACGUCGAAAUGUGGAAGAUGGUGCUGAGGGUGAUGGCCUGAUCACACAGACACAGGACAAGAAAGGUACAACACAGUUUGGCAGCAGUGCACCUCCUACAGAAGGUGCAGGGCCGACAGAUGCAGAUGGCCAGGCUGUACCAGAGGACAUAACUAGCUUCUAUGACAAGAUUGAUAAGGAAGAUGAGGAUGAAGAGGAUUCUGUUACAAAAAUUGUGUCAUUUGAAGUCAACCAGGAAAAAAUUGAGGUGAUCCAGAAGCGCUGUAUUGAGCUUGAGCAUCCUCUGCUGGCAGAGUAUGAUUUUCGAAAUGACACUGUGAAUCCAGAUAUCAACAUUGAUCUGAAGCCUUCCGCAGUCCUACGCCCUUAUCAAGAGAAGAGCCUCCGUAAAAUGUUUGGCAAUGGUAGAGCUCGGUCUGGUGUUAUUGUUUUACCAUGUGGUGCUGGGAAGAGUCUUGUGGGUGUUACUGCUUGUUGCACUGUUAGAAAGAGAGCACUUGUCCUCUGCAACUCUGGAGUCUCUGUGGAACAGUGGAAGCAGCAGUUCAAAAUGUGGUCCACAGCGGAUGACAGCAUGAUAUGCCGUUUCACAUCUGAAGCCAAAGACAAACCAAUGGGAUGCAGCAUUCUUGUUACAACAUACUCAAUGAUUACGCAUACACAGAAACGUUCGUGGGAAGCUGACCAGACAAUGAAGUGGCUGCAAGAGCAGGAGUGGGGUAUUAUGGUCCUUGAUGAGGUUCACACUAUACCAGCAAAAAUGUUUCGACGUGUUCUCACGAUUGUCCAGUCACAUUGUAAGUUAGGCCUCACUGCAACAUUGCUCCGUGAGGAUGAUAAAAUUGCUGACCUCAACUUCUUGAUUGGCCCCAAGCUCUAUGAAGCUAAUUGGCUGGAGUUGCAGAAACGGGGUUUUAUUGCAAGAGUUCAGUGUGCAGAAGUGUGGUGUCCAAUGACACCAGAAUUUUACCGUGAAUACUUGGUCUGUAGAACCAGCAAAAAAUUGCUUCUGUAUGUGAUGAAUCCAAACAAAUUUCGUGCAACGCAGUACCUGGUCCGCUACCAUGAAAGGCGUGGAGACAAGACGAUUGUGUUUUCUGAUAAUGUUUUUGCUUUAAAACAUUAUGCCAUCAAAAUGAACAAACCAUACAUCUAUGGCCCCACAUCCCAGAGUGAGAGAAUACAGAUACUUCAGAACUUCAAAUUCAACCCAAAAGUUAACACCAUAUUUGUCAGUAAAGUGGCUGACACAUCAUUUGAUCUCCCAGAAGCAAAUGUGUUGAUCCAGAUCUCAUCGCAUGGAGGCUCCCGUAGACAGGAAGCUCAGCGACUGGGUCGUAUUCUUCGAGCUAAGAAAGGAGCAAUAGCAGAGGAAUACAAUGCCUUUUUCUACACCCUGGUGUCACAGGAUACAAUGGAAAUGAGCUACUCACGUAAAAGGCAACGAUUCCUUGUUAACCAAGGGUAUAGCUACAAAGUUAUUACUAAACUUGCUGGAAUGGAAGAGGAACCAGACCUACUAUAUGGAACUCGUGAAGAACAAGGACAGCUGCUACAGCAGGUACUAGCAGCAAGUGAUGCAGAUGCUGAUGAGGAACGUAUCCCUGGAGAAGGACCCCGAUCUGCUUCAAGUUCUGGUCCAUCAGUUCAUAGACGGCCAGGAAACAUGAGUUCCUUAUCUGGAGCUGAUGAUGCAGUAUACUUGGAGUAUAAAAAGACAUCACAUUCAAAUGUCAAACACCCUCUGUUCAAAAAGUUCAGGGCAUAGUCUUAAGUGUUUACUUGUUAUAAGAUUUGUUAUGUUGUAAAAUAUUUUGUACAAAAAGUUUUGUAACCAAAAGCAUUUUGUAUAUUAAAA